GGCUGCGGGGAGGGGAGACAUACACGAGCCGAGACACUAACACUUCCCAGUUCCCUUCCCACCACCACACCACCACACCACCACAACCAAACCAACCACUCUCACUCACUCACUCUACUCAGAGACUCACGCCGUGUGUGUGCUGUGUGAUUUGAUUGUGAUUGUGAAACACAAUGGAGGGGGCAGCAGGUCUAACAACCAAACAGGCGCUCGCUUCCCUACUUUACUCCCUUUUCCCAAUCUUGUUGUUAUAAAACCAAAACCCACUCUUGAUAUCAGCUGUUUGUUAUUCAUUUAGCAGGUUCUUAAAUACUACUGGAAAAUGGAGAGAGACAUUUUUCAAGAAAUAAACAAAGACAUAUUUCAAGAGAUUAUAGUUUCUUUAGAGGAAGAUGUACCAGUUACUCUCAGUAUGAUAAAUUUGCUAAAGGGUUUUAUGGAUGAAGACAGUACCAAGGAGACGGAGUUGAAGGUGUUUUGUCCUGGAGGUGACCAGAGCUGUGGUGUCUAUGUUGUGAUGCUCACUUACCUGAAUAAGUGCAAAUACAAGAUGAUAAAGAUGUACAGCAGGGAAGACACAAUGUCGAUAUUGGAAGAAUCACUGAUCACAACAAGAAGAUUGGACUGGUCUAAUGCUGACAUAUUUAUAGAAGGACUUUAUUAUAAAAUGUUACCUGUUCUGGAGACAGUGUUCCUAGCCAAAAAUGUUUCCUCAAUAAACAAACAGAAGUAUAUAUUCAUGUCCUUGCCUUCUGAAGCACAUGAUAUGGUCCGUAAAGAAGUGAUCAUCCCCGAAGGGUUUGUGAUCCGAUCACUGACCAGUGAAGAUGCCGAGCUGAUAGACAACACCUGGGCCUAUCACAGUGAUAUAACCUACGACUACAUCCAUCACUCUAUUGUUCAUUUUGGUGGCUUGGGAUUGGCUCACAAACACAACAAUCACCUGGUCAGCUGGGCUGUAGGAGUUUGGAACACUAUAGGAAUAGUUCACACAUUGGCUGACUACCGCCACAGAAGUUACGCUCAACUUGUCAUCAGAGCCUUGGCAAAACAACUGAUUAGAAAAAAUGUACAACCCAUCUGUUUGAUCAAAUUUGCUAACACCCCAUCUUUACAGCUCUUCAAAAAACUAGGAUUUAAUGAAGUCGGAUUGUAUUACUGUACAGAACUAUCCCGAUUACCCGAGGUUGUUAAGACCGAGACUACCUCGGUUACCGAGAACCUUGGAUAACACGGAUGACGCAUGGUUUUGAGGAUAAAGGUUACGGUACCAAUACUUGGGGUAGAAUAAGGCUAGUCAGGUUUGCCCCAUUUUCCAACUAAAAGUCAUAUUUCAGCUAUUUCUUAUUCAAUCUUUUUGAACUUGGUAUCUUUGGAAAGGGAAUUGAAAUUGCUUGAUAAAAGUGUUCUUGUCAUUUUUUUCAUAACAUCAGCCAUUUUUUUGUAAUUUAAGUUUAAAAAUUUAAAGUGGCCGCUAUUUUCAAAAUAAACGUUGGAAAAAAAUAAUUGUUUAUUGGAUUUAGACAUUUAUCUUCUACAUUUAAACUUAUUCUUUAGACAUUUAAGCUCCAUACCAAAUUUUAACUUGAUACAUUAAUCCAUUAUGGAAAUAGAAAUUUUUAAGUGAGAUAAACAAAAUGGGUGAUAGCGGCUAAACGAAGUUAAAAAAAUUAGUUAUAGAAAAAAUUAACUGAACAUUUUCGAUGCAAGGGAAAGCUUUCGCACUGUCCAACACCGAACAGCUGCAUUUGAGAAACUUCCUUCUCAAGUAGGUGUCAGGCUCUUUAACUGUAUUAAAAGUCUGGAAAGCUCGCGUCAAUUCAAAAUUAAACUGAAGCGUGACUUGAAAAAUCAGGCUUUCUAUUUGGUUGAUGAGUACACUGCGCACUGUUGGAGUUAAGGGCACAGUAUUAUAUUCCCCAGGGGUCAAGAGUUAAAUGUUUUAAGGCUUUCCUGAUAAAUGUACAAUGUUUUGUUGUUUUCCUCCGUUUCUUUUACGUAUUGAUUUAUUUGUUAAAAGUUAACUUUUAUUUAAAGUGUAAUUUGAUAAAAAAAGUCUAUGUAUCCUACUUCAAUGUAAAUAUUAG